AUGUGGCGGCAGAAAGAGCCGCUUACUGCCAUGACUGCAAUGGUUGAGGUGGCCACGACUUGGAGCAGAACUAAUCAAAGACUGGAUUCUACGCAAAUGUCUUCCACCGUUUAUCUCGAUGUUUUUAUGGGAGACAAAGAGCAGCACAAAUUCGAUGAAGCUGCAUAUCUUACCACCCGAAAUUUGCUCGUCAACAAUGCAGCUAUCUACGGCUUACCAUCCGAUCCACAGCAGCUAUCAUCAGAGCAACAGGAAAUGCUCAGAGAAAUCGAUAAAUCGCAUGUACUACGCUUCGUACCCCCAGAGUCACUUUGUGUCGGCCGCCUUGUCUUUGAGUUGAACCCCAAGACCUCACUGAAGAAAACGACGGCAAAUUUCACUGCGCUGUGUACGGGGGAGAAAGGGAAGUGUAAAAAUGCACGUAACAAAGAGUUACAUUACUUGGGAUGCCCGAUACAUCGCAUCGUGAGAGACUUCGUGGCACAGGGCGGCGAUAUCACAAGGGGGGAUGGCAGUGGAGGCGAGUCGAUCUAUGGCGGUAAAUUCAAUGAUGAAAAAGACGGGCUGAAGAUCAAGACGAGAAGAGGAACCCUGGCGAUGGCCAAUUCCGGCAAAAAUACGAAUUCUUCCCAGUUCUUCGUUGUGCUUACGGAUGACGAGACGCAACUCGCAAAGUUGAACGGCAAGUACGUAGCAUUUGGGGAGUUGAAAACAGGAUUCGAGGUUCUGGACAAGCUGAAUAAAGUCGCUGGAGACAUCAGUGGGAAACCAAGUGUACCAGUGUGGAUCGGUGGAUGCGGGAAGGGGACCACAAGUUGAACAUGUAAAAUGACACGCCUAACGAGGGGUGGAGUAUGCAUUCAAAUCUAGACGCUUUCGUGUAAUGAUACAUUGAUAAUCGGCAUCCGCAUCCGAGAUUUGUCUUCUCCCGCGAGGAGGCAUCAGAGG